AUGGCCCCGGGUCCGCUAAAGAUUGGCUUCGUGCCGGAGCACUUCUCCACGCCUCUGUACUUCGCCAAGACCUAUUUCGGCCUCGAUGCCGAGCUGAUCCCUUUCCCCUCGGGCACCGGCCACAUGGUCACUGCCAUCCGAGCCGGCGAGAUCGACGUCGGCAUCGGCUUGACCGAGGGCUGGAUUGCCGGGCUGGGCAAGGAAGAUGCGCCCGGCGACGGCGGCUAUCGGCUCGUGGGCACCUAUGUGCAAAGCCCUCUAUGCUGGGCCAUCUCCACCGGCGCGGCUCGCCCAGAGAUAUCGUCAGUCCAAUCCCUGCAGAGCAAAAAGAUUGGCGUCUCGCGGAUAGGCUCGGGAAGCUACGUCAUGGGGUACGUGCUCGCCGACCAGCAAGGCUGGCUGACCCCCGCCAACCCCGAGCCCUGGGCCGACACCGUCGUGCUCAACACGUUUGAGAACCUGCGCAACGCCGUGAAUUCCGGCGACGCCGACUUCUUCAUGUGGGAGCACUUUACCUCCAAGCGCUACUACGACUCGGGCGAGAUUCGCCGCGUCGGCGAGAUCUACACCCCCUGGAGCAGCUGGAAGAUUGUCGCCUCCACCGCCCUCGUGGGUGAUGGUGGUAGUGGUUUCGAUGGCAGGGUGGCGGACUUGUUCGGCAAGCUGGACCAGGGCAUCGCGCAUUUUCUCGCGAACCAGGAGGAGGCGGUCAAGUAUAUCAGCACGAACUUGGAUUAUUCCGAGGAAGACGCACGAGAGUGGCUCAAGACUGUUACUUUUGUCGAGAAGACGGAAGGGGUUGAUGCCAAGGUGGUGCAGAGCUGCGUGUCCAUCCUACAAAAAGCUGGUGUGCUGAAGGAAGGAAAGGGGCGCGAGCCGGCCUCCAUGGUUGUUACCCGCGAAGGGUCGUCCUAA